UAAGUUGGUGCUGACAAAUUCAAGAAAGAUCACAUUAGAAACAUAGCAUCCAAAUGGGAUCAUCCGUGAAGUCUUCUUCUAAAGUUCCAGUUCUUGAUCUCACGAGCCGACAGGACUUGAACCCAAACACGUCCACGUGGCGUUCCAUUUCUAGAGAAGCCUGUGAAGCCUUGGAGGAAUACGGCUGUUUCGUGGCCUUGUACGACGGAGUAACGCAGGAGCUAGAUGAUUCAAUCUUCGCUGCUGCUGAGGAACUGUUCGAUCUCCCAACUGACACAAAGAGGAAGAACGUGAACGAGAAGCCGUACCAUGGCUACGUUGGUCAAAUGCCUGUGAUCCCUCUUCAUGAAGGUCUUGGCAUUGACUAUGUUACAAACAAAGAAGAGGCUCAAAGAUUCACUCAUCUCAUGUGGCCUCAAGGAAACCACCAGUUUUGCGAAACCGCUCACGGUUUCUCAAACGCGGUUGCGGAACUGGACCGACUAGUUGUGAGGAUGAUAUUUGAUAACUAUGGCGUGGAGAAACAUUAUGAUUCACAUGUAGGAUCAAAGACUUACCUACUCAAAUUCCUCAAGUACUUGGCUCCACCAGAGUCUAUCUCAAUGGCAGCUUUUCCUCAGCACACAGACAAGACCUUCUUAUCAAUACUUCACCAAAAUGGUGUGAAUGGUUUAGAGGUGAAAUCAAAGGACGGUGGAUGGAUUUCUCUUCAUCUCCCACCGAAGUCAUACGUUGUCAUGGCUGGUGACAUCUCUAUGGGUUGGAGCAAUGACAGGAUACGAUCUUGUGAGCAUAGAGUAACAAUGGAAGGCGACAAGACAAGGUACACUUUAGGUCUUUUCUCUUUUAUCAAGGGAUUGGUUUCGGUCCCUGAGGAGCUUGUGGACGACGAACAUCCUCUCAUGUACAAGCCUUUUGAUAAUAUCGCUCUCAUAAACUUCUAUGCAACCAAAGAAGGCCGUGAAGCGAAGUCAACUCUCAAAGCAUAUUGUUGUAUCUAAAAGCAGCUUUACAGUCAGACGAUUGAUCAAGUUGCCAAUAUUUUACAAAUCUAAAUGCCAUCUUAUUGGUUCUCUCACUCUUCUCUACUAUAAUAUGUUCAACCAUCCAUACUCUUCUAGUGCUGGUUGAAUAUUUUGCAUGUUGAUUUUCGUUGCUUUGUGCCAGGGUUCGAAUUUUCUCUUGAAAGUCUUAAGUUCAGAUCCAUUUUAAGUUCAUUUUCAGUAAGGGUCUUAUGUAUCAUAUCUUAUGUGUAUAUAAAUCUUCGAUUAGUGAGAAUGGAAAAUUAUAACAGAUGAAAAUAAGUUUUGUAUGUUUACUGUAAGAAUGUUUCAAAUGGAUCUUGGAUCCGUGACCGUUUAUAGUAACAACAAAACAUUAUACUGAUUUUUUUUUGAAAAAGGGUUUUCAUAAAAACAUUAUACUGAUGUUAUUAACUAUUCAUAAUCAUGGCCCUUGGACUGCAUUAUACUCAUAUUUUCUGAAAUUCAAUUUCUAUAUAUACUUCAAGUUGAAAGGCCUCCAGUAUAUAAAAACAACAACCAUAAUGGAAUCAAGUCUUUGAAUGCUAAGGUCCCAGUUCUUGAUCUCACAAGCCAACACCUGAAACCAAAUGAGACAGAGAAGAUUAAUGUAUCGAGAAGCCGUACGUUGGCAAGAGUAGACAGUGCACGUGUUCCCUCUUCUAGAAGGUCUUGCAAUUGGCUAUGUUACGAACAAAGAAGAUGCUCAGAGCACAUUGAAUCAUAGUUUCAUCUGCGCGCUCAGGUUCCUCCGGCUUAGGCCAUCAGCAUUCGUCUAUAUAAUCUAAAAGUUUUUCACAAUAAAAUAAUACUAACCAAUGAAUUAUUGACAAAUGUUAUGAGAAUUCAUUAAAAAAAUUAGCAACUUGUGUUAAAGAAGAGGUUGUCCUUUUCUCUCUAUUCCUAUUAUUUUUAGUUUAUUUUUAUUUGUAUAAAACUCUUGAACAGACUUACCGAUGAAAAUGCUUUUAACCUCUCAUUAGAAGUUGAAGACUUGAAGGUAAUUAAGAUUUUAUAAAACUUACAAAAGCACAAGAAAUAUAAGAAUAUAUCACAAUUGGACUCACGAAUUUGAGCCUCAUAAGAGUAACUAAGCUGAAACUCACAGCUCAUAUAGAAAUGACCAUAUAUCAAUGGAUGAUGAACAUCCUCAUAUGUAUAAGCCAUUCGAGAGCAUAGAGCAUAGCUCUCAUACAAUUCUACGCAACCAAAGAAAGCCGUGAGACCACAAAGCAUAUUGAGGUAUGUUAAAAGCAUCUAUACGGAGAAAAAAUGAUGCAAAGUGAUAAUGUUGAAUCUGAAUGGUAUUCCAUUGAUCAAAAUGAUAAUGUUUUAUAUAUCUGAAUGUUACUUGAUUGGCUCCGUACAUACAAAGUUUCAUUUUCAACAAGGUAGGAUAAAAAGUU